GCUGUGUGCGACGAAGGGAAAAAGUGCUGUUUUGAUUUCAUGAGACGACCUAAAAAUUUCAGUGGGGUUUUUUAUUGCAAUCUUCACGUGAUAUGGACUAUCCUGGGGGUUCUGGAGGAGCAGGAUGGAGCGUGGACCGCCACAAAAAGCUGAAGAAGCAUAAGCACAAGGAUCACAAGAAACACAAACGCAGAUCUUCGAGCUCGAGCAGUUGCAGUUCCUCCAGUGACUCAUCAUCUGGCAGAAAAAUGUCCAAGGAAAUGAAGAAGGCACGCAAGGAGCAGAAGAAACUGCAGAAAAAGCUGAAGAAGGAGGCGAAAAAGGGUCACACCAACUACGACAUCCCCAUAAAUUUGAUGACCAACACGGCACGGGUGCCCGAGACGAGAGAGCAGUGGGAGGCGCGUCAGAGUGUCAUCCGAAGGGUCACAGAUCCGGUCACGGGACGUGAGAGACUUAUCCGGGGUGACGGAGAGGUGCUGGAGGAGAUUGUCAGCCGCGACAGACACCGGGAGAUCAACAGACAGGCAACUGCAGCCGAUGGUCAGCACUUCCAGGCCAACACCAUCGGAUGGAAGCUGAACUAGAGUCCUCCAACAUAAUCUAUAUUCUAUAAACUAUGAACAGAAUGGUAUUCAAUUGUGUGGUAAAGGGAAAUGCUGAAUAGAGAAUCUGCGAAUUUAA